AUGCAGGUGAACAGCGGGCGUUUCCGCUGUCCGUCCUGCAGACAGGAGGUGGUGCUGGAUCGUCACGGUGUCUACGGGCUGCAGAGGAACCUGCUGGUGGAGAACAUCAUCGACGUCUACAAAGAGACGCUCAACGAUGCAACCAGCCCCCUCCCUUCUGCUCCACCGCCUGAUCAGUUUCCAACAUGUUCUGACCAUGAGGGGGAAAAGGUGAACAUCUACUGUAUCACCUGUAAGGUUCCUACAUGUUCCCUCUGCAAAGUGUUCGGGGCCCAUCAGUCCUGUCAGGUGGCUCCUCUGACAGACAUCUACGAGAAACAGAAGGAUGAGUUGAGGGAAGAAGUUACUUCUCUGGCAGCGUUCAGGGCCAGAGUCCAGGCCGUCAUCAGUGACCUGGAGAAAAGCUGUAGAAACGAAAAUUGUAAUACUCAGAAACAGAGUGUUUGUGAGAAGUUCAGCCACAUUGUUUCCAUCCUGGAGGACCGACACAAGGCGAUGACUCAGAAAAUAAAGUCUGAGCAGGAAGAGAAGAUAGCCCAUGUCCAGAAGCUGUUGCGUCACUAUGGCGACAGCAUGGAGGCCAACAGCAAACUGAUGGAGACAGCAAAGACCAGCAUGGAGGACCAGGAUGAAGUUGCCUUUGUUCAGGUUCUCUCUCAACUAAACCCUUCCGACUUUUUAAAGCUGCGCAUGAAAUCGCCGAUCGCAAUCGAAUUGAAUUUUUACAGGAGAGUAAUGGCAGCAGCCACUUCCAGCCCCUCUGAGACUCUGAAGCCGGAUGAGCGACUAUCGCUUUAUAAGAAUCAGAAACAGAGUGUUUGUGAGAAGUUCAGCCACAUUGUUUCCAUCCUGGAGGACCGACACAAGGCGAUGACUCAGAAAAUAAAGUCUGAGCAGGAAGAGAAGAUAGCCCAUGUCCAGAAGCUGUUGCGUCACUAUGGCGACAGCAUGGAGGCCAACAGCAAACUGAUGGAGACAGCAAAGACCAGCAUGGAGGACCAGGAUGAAGUUGCCUUUGUUCAGGUUCUCUCUCAAAUAAACGCUUUUGACUUUUUAAAGCUGUCCAUGAAAUCGACGAUCAGAGUAAUGGCAGCAGCCACUUCCAGCCCCUCUGAGACUCUGAAGCCGGGUUAUGAGAAGAUGAGCGACUAUCGCUUUAGUUUCAGCAAAGAAGAGACAGCUCUGCGAAGCAUUGAUUUUAUCAAGGGUUUACUCCUGAAGAACCAGAAGUGGAUAGUGAGCCAGAAGAUCUCAAAGAACCCGAAACGGAACGACAUGAAGAAACUCUUGUCCAGAACCAGGAAGCUUUUGUAA